UUUUUAUUUUUUAAUUUUCUAGAUAAAUAAUGCAACCUGAACGCACAGACAUCAAAAAUUUGAAACUUUCAAUCUAUAAAAACCAUCCACCUUUUUUUAUUAUUGCUCUUUACUUUAUUUCUCCGCUCACAAACAAAAAUAAAGAAAAAUAAUCCUGUUUAUUUCAACUAUUCUACAAAAGGCCUACGAAAAAAUGACCGAUCAACAAGUCACCCCAUUCGUCAGCCUCGAUGACUUUGAGCGCUACGCAAUGCGCAACCUAGACCGCAAUGCCCUCGACUACUACCGCUCAGGCGCUCAAGACAUGCAUACGUUGCGGUCCAACCAAAGCGCCUUUGACAAAAUAACCCUGCGCCCACGCAUUCUCCGUGAUGUUUCCCAAGUAACCACCCAAACCACCAUAUUAUCCUCCCCCGUGUCCUCGCCCAUCUGCAUUGCGCCCACGGCAAUGCAAAAAAUGGCUCAUCCCGAAGGUGAAUGCGCAACAGCGCGGGCAGCUUUGGAGACCAACACAUUGAUGUGCCUGUCGUCCUGGUCCACCACCAGUAUGGAAGAAGUAGCAGAGUGCACGCGCAGCAGCGGCAGCAGCAGUGGAGCGGAAAGGUGGCUGCAGUUGUAUGUAUACAAGGAUAGGGGAAGCACCAGAAGGCUGGUUGAGAGGGCGCAGGAGGCCGGGUAUUCGGCCAUCGCGUUGACUGUGGAUACACCCUUUUUGGGAAGGCGGCUGCCGGAUAUCCGUAACCGAUUCCAGCUGCCGCCGCAUCUGACUAUGGCGAAUUUCGCUGAUUCCGGCAAGCGAGAAGUAGGCAAAGUGGAGGACGCCUCGGGGGCGAAGAAUGCCUCGGGUUUGGCUGCAUAUGUGGCUUCGCAGAUUGAUCCGACGCUGAGUUGGGAACAUGUGCGUUGGAUCAAGCAGAUUGCUAGUAUUCCGGUGUUGCUCAAGGGCAUAUUAACACAUGAGGAUGCCCUGUUGGCUGUUGAGGCCGGAGUUGAUGGCAUUAUUGUUAGCAACCAUGGUGGUAGGCAAUUGGACACGGUGCCUGCGACUAUCGAUGUGCUGGAGGAGGUUUGCUUGGCCGUGCGCGGCCGCAUACCGGUGUUCUUGGAUGGCGGGGUCAGGCGCGGAACGGACGUGUUCAAAGCGCUGGCGCUGGGUGCGCGCGGCGUGUUUCUGGGGAGACCUGUGUUGUGGGCCUUGAACUAUAAUGGCCAGGAAGGGGUCGUCGAGAUGCUGCGAAUGAUCAAUGAGGAGCUGCGGCUGGCAAUGGCUCUUUCAGGCUGCGUAAACGUCAGUGAUAUCAAAAGACACCAUGUACGGGUUCCCGGAGAACCAAUUCCAAUGCCAAAGCUGUAGCUAUAGCUCUAUAGCCAUUCCAGCUCAUUUAUUAU